AUGGCCGCCGCUGCCGCCGCGGUGUCGGUCGACGAGAAGCUCGACAAGCUUCGCGCCGAGGUCGCCAAGCUCGACCAGAUCAGGCGAGUCCCUUUCCCCCACUCCACUCCCCUAUGCACUAUGGGUCUUCCGUGCAGCGAGAACGAGAAGGCCGGGUUCAUCAGCCUCGUGUCACGCUACCUCAGUGGGGAGGCGGAGCAGAUCGAGUGGAGCAAGAUCCAGACCCCGACCGAUGAGGUGGUGGUGCCGUACGACACCCUCGCGUCGCCUCCCGAAGAUCUCGAGGAGACGAAGAAGCUGCUGGACAAGCUCGUUGUGCUCAAGCUUAACGGAGGGCUCGGGACGACCAUGGGCUGCACUGGGCCCAAGUCUGUCAUUGAAGUCCGCAAUGGGUUCACAUUCCUUGACCUUAUUGUGAUUCAAAUUGAGUCCCUGAACAAGAAGUAUGGAUGCAGUGUCCCUUUACUUCUGAUGAACUCUUUCAACACCCAUGAUGACACACAGAAGAUUGUUGAGAAGUAUUCCAACUCCAACAUUGAAAUUCAUACUUUCAAUCAGAGCCAGUAUCCUCGCAUUGUCACUGAGGACUUCUUACCACUUCCAAGCAAAGGGAAAUCUGGGAAGGAUGGCUGGUAUCCUCCAGGCCAUGGUGAUGUGUUCCCCUCUUUGAAUAACAGCGGAAAACUUGACAUCUUAUUGGCUCAGGGCAAGGAGUACGUCUUCGUUGCAAACUCAGACAACUUGGGUGCUAUAGUCGACAUCAAGAUCCUAAACCAUCUGAUCAAUAACCAGAACGAGUACUGCAUGGAGGUUACUCCAAAGACGCUGGCUGAUGUUAAGGGCGGUACUCUCAUCUCUUAUGAAGGAAGAGUUCAGCUUUUGGAGAUUGCCCAAGUACCUGAUGAGCAUGUGAAUGAGUUUAAAUCGAUCGAUAAGUUUAAGAUAUUCAACACUAACAACUUGUGGGUGAACCUUAAAGCUAUCAAGAGACUCGUAGAGGCUGAGGCACUUAAGAUGGAAAUUAUUCCAAACCCUAAGGAAGUUGAUGGUGUGAAAGUCCUUCAACUCGAAACUGCAGCUGGUGCAGCUAUUCGGUUCUUCGACAAAGCGAUUGGAAUUAAUGUUCCCCGCUCAAGGUUUCUCCCAGUGAAGGCUACAUCUGAUUUGUUGCUUGUGCAGUCUGAUCUUUACACCUUGGUUGAUGGCUAUGUCAUCCGCAACCCAGCCAGAGCGAAUCCAGCUAACCCUUCGAUUGAGCUUGGACCUGAAUUCAAGAAGGUUGCCAGUUUCCUUGCUCGGUUCAAGUCUAUCCCCAGCAUCGUCGAGCUUGACAUCUUGAAGGUUUCUGGUGAUGUCUGGUUUGGCUCUGGAAUUACACUCAAGGGCAAGGUGACAAUCACCGCCAAGUCUGGAGUGAAGUUGGAGAUUCCAGAUGGAGCUGUACUUGAGAACAAGGAUGUCAAUGGCCCUGAGGAUCUUUAA